AGCCAAUCGGCGGCUGCAGAGUCCCCGGAGCCGCGAGCUGGGAGCGGUGUGCUGGGAGCCGGGAGCUGAGCGCGCCGGGCUGGGGCCGGGGCCGGAGCGGAGCGGAGAGGGAGCGCGCCCGCCCCAGCCCCGAGUCCCGCCGCCUUCCCUCCCGCCGCAGCGCGGGCCCAGCGGCCGCCGCCCCAGCCAUGGAGCAAGACAACAGCCCCCGAAAAAUCCAGUUCACGGUCCCGCUGCUGGAGCCGCACCUUGACCCCGAGGCGGCGGAGCAGAUUCGGAGGCGCCGCCCCACCCCUGCCACCCUCGUGCUGACCAGUGACCAGUCAUCCCCAGAGAUAGAUGAAGACCGGAUCCCCAACCCACAUCUCAAGUCCACUUUGGCAAUGUCUCCACGGCAACGGAAGAAGAUGACAAGGAUCACACCCACAAUGAAAGAGCUCCAGAUGAUGGUUGAACAUCACCUGGGGCAACAGCAGCAAGGAGAGGAGCCUGAGGGGGCCGCUGAGAGCACAGGAACCCAGGAGUCCCGCCCACCUGGGAUCCCAGACACAGAAGUGGAGUCAAGGCUGGGCACCUCUGGGACAGCAAAAAAGCCUGCAGAAUCCAUCCCUAAAACUCAGCAGAGAGGCAGUAAGGAACCCAGCACAAAGGAACCCUCAACCCAUAUACCACCAUUGGAUUCCAAGGGAGCCAACUCGGUCUGAGAGAGGAGGAGAUAUCUUGGGAUCAAGACUGCAGUUGGGGAAUGCACGGACACCGGAUUUGUUUCUUACUCCUUCACUUUUGGGGAAAAUCUCUUGUUUUUAAAAAGUGAUAAAUUUGGUGUUAGGUCCUUGGCACUUUCCUUCUUUCCCAACUUGGAGAAUCCUUUCUCCCUGCCUUCUUGCCCUGCCCUCUCUGCAGCCCCCACCCUCCUGCCAAGCUGCCUCUGGGAAGGAAGAAACAGAGGAGCUAGGCAGAAGCCUCGAGCAGGGAAGAGUUCUUCCCCUAGCCCUGACUUUACUUGCUGUGGGAAGAGAGAUGAGGGUCAGAUAGGUGGGAGGACUAACUUCCAGGCUGCCAAGAAGGAAGAAAAGCCCCAGGUUCUCUUUUCUUAUUGAGGAACGAUCUGACCACCUCACAGGCCUGCCCUGCAGCUGGAACACUCGGCGCUCUAAGGCCUGUGCCGUGUCCAGUUGUGACUGUGCGGUGGGCUCCAUCUGCUGGACAAAAGGGGAACUGCACCAUGGCACUUGGCCCAUGGGAUAGAGGGUGUGGUGGUGUACGGAUACCUCCUCACCCGCCCUCCAAGCCUCAGCUGCCUUCCUUUUGGAUUCCCAAGCUUCAGGAUGUGUUCCCUCUUCCAGCUGUGGGACCGCUGUCCGUUAUUCAACCCGUUAGCAACAAUGGAUAGAGAACACAGUGGCUAUUAAUGAAGAGGCCCAUGCUGGAGACUGGAAGGGUUCCCUUGUCCUAGACACUGAGGACAGAUAAGACAAAAACCAAGCAUACGAGAAGAAACUGUCUCAGAUCUCACGGCCAGGCCUCUCUCCUGCUGCUGUUUUUGAUUUUCCUAGGUAGUGGGAGAGAGGAAAGGAGGGAAGGCAAGAUUCUUUCCCCCUCCCUGCUGAAGCAUGUGGUACAGAGGAAAGAGCAGAGCCUGAGAAGCGUCAGGUCCCACUUCUGCCAUGCAGCUACUGUGAGCCCUCGGGGCCUCCUCCUGGGCCUCAGCUUGCCCAGAUACAUACCUAAAUGUGUGUGUAUAUAUAUAUAUAAAAGGGAGAACACCUCACCCAGAUUUUGUCCCGCUGGAAAGAGUGUAUGUAUGUGAAGAUGCUUGGUCAACUUGCACCCAGUGAACACAC